UCAUGGUUUCUCCAGUAGAGGGCGAGCUGCGGGUCAGGAAGGACGUGGAGCUCGACCGAGAAACAACAGCGUUUUACAACAUCACUGUGACCGCCAGCGACCUGGGGACCCCGCCCCGCAACAGCUCUGUGGUGGUCGGCGUCCGUGUCAGAGACAUCAAUGAUAACGACCCGGUCCUCCUGAACCUCCCUCACAACACCAGCGUGAGUGAAGGAGCAUCCAUCCACACCUCGGUGGCUCGAGUCCGAGCACGAGACACCGAUAGCGGACGAAACGCUCUGCUCACGUACAACAUCACAGCUGGAAACCAGGACGGAACGUUCUACAUCAACGAUACGACAGGUGUGGUGCAGGUGAAUAGACCUCUGGACAGAGAGCGAGUGUCAGAGUACAGACUGACCAUCACCGUCAAAGACAACCCCGAGAACCCCCGCAUCGCCCGCCGGGAUUCAGACCUGUUGUUGAUCUCUGUUCUGGAUGAGAAUGAUAAUCGUCCUGUGUUCUCCAGGAGCAGCUACAGAGCUGAGAUCACUGAGAACUCUGCAGCAGGUAGCACAGUGUCAGUGUUAAACGGUCCUGUUCUGGCUGAGGACAGAGACAUCGGAGCGAACGCGGUGGUGCACUAUCACCUGCUGGGAUCCAGAGUGGACCUGUUCACUGUGGACUCUGACACAGGUGUGAUCCGGGUCCGUCAGGGAGCCAGGUUAGACCGAGAAUCCUUCCAAGAGCCUCGGGUGGAGCUGUUUGUGGUCGGGGAGGACGUUGGGGGUUUAAACAGCAGCGUUCCACUCACAGUCACCAUACUGGACCAGAACGACAACCCACCUGUGUUCAGCCCGCCCAGUUUCAGUGUACGUCUACCUGAGAACAGCCCCACAGGUGUGGUGGUGACUCAGCUUUCGGCCACAGACGCUGACUCGGGUUCCAACGGUUGGCUCAUGUAUCGGUUGGAGAGUGGCGCUCAGGACCGUUUUGUGGUGGAUGCGCUCUCUGGCGCCGUCCUGGUGGGAAACACCACCCUUGACAGAGAAGAGAGAGGAUCCUACCGGCUGGUAGUCAUGGCAACAGAUCGCGGCACACCCCCCAUGUCGGGCACGGCCACCCUGACGGUCAUCUUGGAUGACGUGAAUGACUCGAGGCCUCGUUUUAUCGAUCCCGUGACCAUGAUCAAUGUGAACGAGUCUACGCCGCCUGGGGUGGUUGUCGCCACGCUGACUGCAGAGGACCCAGACCUGCACCCCCGCCUUGAGUACUACAUCAUCUCAGUGGAAGCAAAGGAUGAUGGGAACAACCCGGUGGACGGCCUGCAGGAGUCUUUUGGCAUCGAUUUACACACAGGCGCCGUAUUCGUACGAAACCCGCUCAACAGAGAGCAGGUCGCCACGUUUGAGAUCAUCGUGUCCGUACACGACAACGCAAGUGAGGUCAUCGAUAAAUCUGGCAGCGUUCCAAAUGCGAGGCUGACCAUUAACGUGUUGGACGUGAAUGAUAACGCUCCUCGUUUUCGACCAUUUGGAGUCUCAAACUUCACAGAGAAGAUUCUAGAAGGAGCUCAGCCGGGCACCACGCUGCUGUCAGUGUCAGCCGUAGACCCCGAUAAAGGUCCCAAUGGGCAGGUCAUCUACCAGCUGCUGCACCUCCCCCGGGGGGGUUACGUCAGGCUGGAGGACCCCUCCACAGGGAAGAUCGUGGCCAAUCAGACGGUGGACUUUGAGCAAGUUCAGUGGCUGAAUUUCACGAUUCGAGCUCAGGAUCACGGCUCUCCUCCGAGGAUCGCUGAGCUGCCUGUUUACCUGAGAAUUGUCGACGUGAACGACAACAACCCUGUGUUCCUGCAGCCCUCCUAUCAGGAGCCCGUGUUUGAGAACGUGGAUCUGGGAACCACCAUAGUCCGAGUCAGUGCCACGGACGCAGACUCGGGCCUGUUUGCUGUGGUCGAAUAUAGUUUGGUGGACGGGGAGGGAAAGUUUGGCAUCAGACCGACCACAGGAGAGAUCUACAUCCUGUCUCCUCUGGACAGAGAGACCAAGGAUCACUACACGCUGACCGCCGUUGCCAGAGACAACCCCGGAGGAAUCUCCAAUAACAGACGAGAGAACUCUGUGCAGGUCCUGGUGACGGUCCUCGAUAUAAACGACUAUCGGCCUCGAUUCACUGAGCGAGUGUUCAACACCAGCGUGUUUGAGAACGAGCCGAGCGGGACGUCUGUGAUCACUGUGCGAGCGGUCGACCUGGACGAAGGAGAAAACGGAGCCGUGCUCUACAGCAUGCUGGGACCUCACUCAGAUGCCUUCUCCAUGGAUCCAAACACGGGUCUGGUGCGUUCUCGCCGCCUGCUUCAGUCCUCGGAACAUUUUAAUCUGACGGUUGUGGCGACGGAUCAGGGCCGUCCUCCUUUGUGGGGCACCUCUGACCUCAUCAUCACCGUCAUCGACGUCAACGACAACAGACCUGUGUUUGUCAGACCGGCCAACGGGACCAUCAUCCACAUCUCAGAGGAGCAGCCCCCGGGCCUCCCCGUGUACGAGGUUCAUGCCACGGACUCUGAUGAGGGAGUGAACGGGGAGGUACGAUACGCUUUCCUGCAGACUGGAGCUGGGAACAGAGACUGGGAGAACUUCCACAUAGAUGCUGUGUCCGGAGUCAUCACGACCACGGUCAAACUGGACCGAGAGAAACAGGCGCUGCUCAGCCUCAUUAUCGUGGCCCGGGAUAUGGGUCAGCCGGUGCCGUAUGAGACCACUCAGCCCCUCCAGGUGGCUCUGCUGGACAUUGACGACAACGAACCCGUCUUCCUGAAACCACCUCGUGGCAGCCUGCCGUACCAGAAGCUGAGCGUACCUGAGCACUCUCCUGCAGGUACAGUGAUUGGUAACGUGACCAGAGCAAUGGAUGCAGACGAAGGAUCCAAUGCAGUGGUUUAUUACUUCAUAGCAGGAGGAAACUCUGACGGAAAUUUUGGCCUCAAUUUGGACGGAGAGCUCAAGCUGCACAGAGACCUUGACCGAGAGGAGACGGCGGUCUACUUCAUCGUCAUCAAAGCCUCCAGUAACCGGAGCUGGACUCCGCCAAGAUCUCUGAGGGCAUCACGACCACGAGCCCUGGACCCCACCCGCGACCCCUCCCUGCUAGAGGUCCGCAUCGAGCUGGAAGACAUCAACGACCAGAAGCCACGCUUUACUAAAGUCGAGUACACUGCAGGCGUGGCUGCAAACGCCAAAGUGGGCUCAGAGCUGAUCCGGGUGGUGGCCAUCGAUAACGACAUUGGGAACAAUAGUUUGGUUCAGUAUCACAUCGUAACAAUCCGAUACUUCCAGUCACAGAGCAACGGCAGCGAGGACGUGGGCAGCAUCUUCAUCAUCGGAUUGACAGAUGGAAUCAUCCGAACAUACGACCUCUUCACCGCCUACAAUCCAGGCUUCUUUCAGCUCGAGAUCCUGGCGUGCGAUUUUGCUGGACACUGCACGACUACCAACGUGAACAUCUACAUCCUCCGAGACGACCAGAGGGUAAAAAUCGUCUUCAACGAGAUCCCCGACCUGGUCCGAGAAAACCAGGAAGAGUUCGUCAACCUGCUGUCCAACAUCACAGGAGCCAUCGUCAACUUAGACGACAUACAGUUUCACGUGGACAAGAAGGGCAGAGUGAGCUACGCUCAGACCGACAUGCUGAUCCACGUGGUCAACAAUCAGACCAACACUAUCCUGGACGUGGACAGGGUGAUCCAAAUGAUCGAUGAGAACAAAGAGCAGCUCAGGAAUCUGUUCAGAAAGUUUAACGUGGUGGAUGUUCAGCCUGCAGUCAGCGACAAACUUCCUGAUGACAUCACCACGCUGCAGCUCGUCAUCAUCAUCCUGGCUGUGCUGCUGUGUUUAGCAGGAAUCCUGUUUGUCACCAUGAACUGGCAUUACCGCAGAGUACACCAGAGGAAGCUGAAAGCCAUCGUAGCUGGAUCUACAGGUAACCAGGGUCUGAUGGACAUCCUGGACAUGCCCAACACCAACAAGUACUCGUUUGAGGGGGCAAACCCCGUCUGGUUGGACCCGUUCUGUCGUAACCUGGAGCUCGCCACGCAGGCCGACCACGAGGACGACCUCCCCGAGAACCUGAGCGAGAUCACCGACCUGUGGAACAGCCCCGCCCGCACACAUGGAACGUUUGGUCGAGAGCCUCAGGCGAAGCCUGAAGACGAUCGCUACCUGAGAGCCGCCAUCCAGGAAUACGACAACAUCGCUAAACUGGGCCAGAUCAUGAGGGAGGGGCCGAUCAAGGGCUCGCUCCUGAAGGUGGUCCUGGACGACUACCUGAGACUGAAAAAGCUGUUUGCAGCUCGACUCGUCACCGUGUCCACGAGUCAGGGGGACCACUCGUCCGUCACCGAGCUGAUACAGAGCGACCUGGAAGACGAUGACGACGAGCGUCUGGGCAACGGUGGGCGGGGCACUCUGCGUUUCAAACACAAACUUCCUGUGGAGCUGAAGGGUCCUGAAGGCAUCCACGUGGUCCACGGCAGCACUGGGACCCUGCUGACCUCUGACCUCAACAGUCUGCCGGAGGACGACCAGCGGGCGCUCGCUCGCUCUCUGGAGGCCCUGAACAGCGAUGGCGGGCUGUACUCUGAACGCAACGCCCGCACAGAGUCUGCCAAGUCCACACCGCUGCACCGCCACAAAGACGGGGACGUGAUGUCCGAGAGUCCACUGGAGAUCACAGAGUUAUGACUAGCAGAGGCCUCGCUGGUCUGAAGACCACCGGACUCCACGGCUCCCCCUUGGGGAGGAGUGUGUGUAGUCUAGUUAACCAAUCAGACGACCUCACAGAGACAGCCUGUGGUUGGUCUGAGAGGAUCACGUGAUGAGGGCGGAGCUUAUUUCAAGAGACAGAACAAACAGAGACCUCCAUCAAAGGAUCCACCCCCACUGUGGGAGGAGCUUAUUCUACCUUAAAGGUGCCUCAUCCUCACUGAUCCGAUACCUGGACUGCACACACACACACACACACACACACACACACACACACAUACAGACACACACACACAUACAGACACACACACACACACACACAUACAGACACAUACAGACAGACACACACACACACACACACGUGCGCACACACACACACACACACACACACACACACACACACACACACACAAGCUAGAAGUAUGCAAUGGCGUGGGAUUUGUGCGAUUGGACCAGACGAACACACCUUGCGUCUAUCUGGACCAAUUGCACAAAUUCCACACCAUUUUCACACACACACACACACACACACACACACACACACACAGAGACCAGUGGAGGCCGUUAACACAAAGAAGAUUUUAAAAAGCUGGACGGAGCGGAGACGUUUUUAAAUACUUUUUGUUUGUCGCUGACUUGAAGACGAACAUUGAAACAGAAAGGACCUCCGAUGUUUCCAGGUGAUGUAACCUGACACCAGGUGUGGGCGGAGCUCUUCCUGUACUUUAAAGUUUAAAAAAAAGAAAUUAAAUAUGAAAAGGACUUCCUGUGUCAGAUCUUCAUCUUCAGCGUGGACGACUCAGAGACUCAUAAUAAAAAACAUUUUAUAAUACAUUUUUAAAUGCAGAAAAAAAAGUCCUGAAAAGAUUUUUUAGGAAUUAAAGACGGCGCUGAGCCCACACUGCCCCUGCUGGAUCUGCACAGUCACAACAUUUGCUUUAUUUUUUUAUUUGAUAGAAAUGUGAUGAAUUAAAGAAUUAAAGAUAUUUUUGAAGAAGAUAAAAAAUCUGUUAGUGAACAUGCGGGAAUCCGCCGCGAUGUUUGGAGUUUGUGGAUGUCGUGCUUCGUGACGUACGUGUUUGUUUUUGUUUGUAUGAAACUGUUUCUGAAGCGUGCCGUGUUUCUAACGUUCAGUUUUUAUAUUCACUUUUUGUACCUUUUUAUUUCUUCGUCAUUAUCGUCCCCGGUCCAGAGUCUGUGUUGGGAAAUGUUGGAUGACCUGUGCUAAUAAAAGAAGUAUGCAAUGA